AAUUUCAAACAUGAGAGCUGUUAGUUGUCAACAAAAUUUUAAGAAAAUGUCAAAAUCUAUGCCUAUUAUCAAACAUUUUAGUAUUGAAUUAGAUAAAAGUCAACACAUCUAUAGAGCUGGAGAUGCGGUCAAAGGAAAGUGUUAUUUGAAUAUUGAAGGAAACAUUCAAUUCAAACACAUCGAUAUUAAUCUGAUUUUUGAGGCAUUUGUAGAUUGCAAACAAACAAAAUUUGAUAAGCAAUCAAUGUAUGAGUUGAUUGAUAAAUAUGAUCUCUUGAAAAAAUCGGCAACCGAUCAAACAUUGGAAGGUUUGGUUGAAAUUGAUUUUUAUUUUACAAUACCUGAAAAAGGCUGUGUUUCAUCAUUUUAUGGCAAAUUUGGUUUUAUUCGCUACAAAAUUGAAGUUAUUAUUCAUAAAGAUUGGGAUAUAUUUCGCAAAGAAGUUUUUCUAACUGUAAUCGCGCCAUACAAUGGAAAUGUAGACGAUGUUUAUACACCAAUUUCAACAAUGAUUAGAAAGAAAAUUGGAAUUUUCAACAAUUUUAUAGAAGUUUUCGCUAAAUUAGACAACGGAUGGAUUACUCCGGGAGAUAAAAUAUCAGUAUAUUGUAAUGUUGACAACAAUAGUGACCAUAAUCUCAAACUAAGUUUAUCAUUACAACAAAAGCAGAACUAUUUUUAUACAAAAAUCAAAAGUAAAAUAUCAAAUGACAACAUGUAUGACAUAAUUGAAGCAAAAUCUCACAGUUAUUCUAAGCGUAUAUUACUAGGAAUUCCAUCCAAUUUAAAAACUAUGUCAUUGGACUGUAAUAUAUUGAAAAUCAAUUAUCAAAUUAGAGUAUUGAUUGAAAUUGAAGAUUCAAAAGAAUUAUUGAAAGUUGAGUUACCUAUUGUACUGACAAUACCUACCAAAAGUGAUUCAAACAAAAUAUAUGAAACACAUUCACUUCCACCAUCUUAUAGUGAUUGUCAUAUAUUUGAACCAUUUGUCGAUCAAAACAUACAAUUUCUUAACAAAACUGUUGUCUUAGCCGAUGAUAAUAAAUAUAAUGAUUGCAGCGCUUAUUCACCCAAUUUUGUGGAUCUGCCGCCCACUUAUACAGAAGCUAUCUUUGGUAUUAAAUAA